UUAUUAUGAAACAUCACCACGAUCACUACUGGUAGAAACUACUGUGGUUUGUCCCUUAAUGUUCAUUUCCAUCGUUACCCGUCCCGUUUUCUCAAUUCCGGUCACCAGUGUCUAGACCGACUGAUUACCGUUUUAGGUCAUUAGUGUCGUACAUACUUUAAUUAUUUUUAUUUCCAGUGGAUCAGCGAAUAUAAUUAUUGGAAAAAGUUUAGAAAAUCGUACUCGAAAUUAAAUUAAAAAUAAGUAUUUAAUUUAUUUCACCAUCGAUUCUGCUUGUGGUAUUUUUACCAUAUUAAAACUAGUUUUGUUACUUUUGAUGCCUUUUAAGAACUAAAUUUUAAAUAAUUAUUUUAAAUUUAUUAAGAUGGAAGCUGCAACUACUUCUAUAGAAGAACCUAUUUUAAAUAUCACUCAUAAAGUUGCCGUAAAAGAUAAUUCUUGUGUUGCAAAUGGUUCAACAUUAUCAUCCUCAUCCAAACCAAAUGAUAUAAUUAAUUCCAUACCUGCAGCCACUCAUGCUUCAGAUAUUGAUAUAGAUUCUAAUUUACAAUCUAAUGAAAAAAACCGUAAAAAGAAAGAUCGACAUCUGGCUCAAGCAUUAAAAACAGUUUUAAAUAGUAUGAACUCUCUUAAUACUCCAGAAGAAAAGUUGGGAGCUCUUUGUAUUAAAUAUGCAGAUUUAAUGGAUGAAAAUACCAAACUCAAAACAGCUUAUAAACAAUCUGAAAAAAAAGUUACUCAAGCUAUGACUGAACGUGAUAACGUAAAGGGUGAAAUGAAUAAAGCUAUAAUGACUCGAAGUCGAUUAGAAAGUUUAUGCAGAGAAUUGCAGAAACAGAACAAAGCAAUUAGAGAAGAGAGUCUAAAACGUGUUAAAGAAGCAGAAGAUAAACGUAUAGAAAUGACAAACAAGUUUCAAAAUACCUUAGGAGAAAUAGCUACAGUCAUGCAACAAAAUAGUGAAAAAAGUAACAAACUACGAGAUGAUAAUAUAGAUAUGUCUUCUAGGCUUAAGAAUGUUUGCGAACAGUAUGAGCUUAGAGAACAGGUAAAUGGCGCUCAAGUUGUUAAAUUAGCAAAACAAAUAGAGCUUGAAACUCAGUUAUGUGAUGCAAAAUUAGCUAAGGCUAAUAUGGAAAUAAGUGUUGAAAGAGAGACUUUAUUGAAUGAAAAAACUCACCUAUUAAAAGAAAUCAGACAGUAUCAAACUAGAAUUGAAGAAAUGCAAGCUACAGAAAUUGAUCUUCGAAAUCAAAUAUCACUUUACAAUGAAAAGUAUGAAGAAUUUCAAAAUGCACUAGCUCGCAGUAAUAAAGUUUUUGCUGGUUUUAAAGGCGAUAUGGAAUUAAUGUCCAAAAAAAUUGUAAAACAAGAAAAAGAAUCUGCAAGUUGGAAAAUGCGAUAUGAACGUUGUCAACAGUUGUUGGAUGAAAUGACCAAUGAACGAGCUAGAAUGAUAAGUGAUUUAUCAGUGGCAACACGACAGUUAAGUACUUUACAAAAAUUAUGUCGUACAUUACACUCUGAACGACAAACAUUACUAUCUAAAUUGGAACAAGGUAAAAAGUCAUCUGAUGUCCCAACUGAUGUCAUAUCUGAAGAACUAGCUGAACGACUUACAGAUAUUAGCAUGUGUACUAUGGCUGAUUGGUUUGCGCGAACUGAAGAUCCAAAGUCUAAAUCUGAUGCUUUAAAAGAAGAGUUGCAAACAGUUAUGGAAAAUGAAUUAAAAUUGGUCAAGGAAUCUAUUGAACAGCAAUUACAACAGGGAAAUGGAGAAGAAAUAUCCCCUGAAUCACCAACUUCUUCUCGAUCCCAUUUGUCUGAUGAACCUGCUUAUGAUACUGGAGUAAGCAGCAGUUCUUCAGUAAAUGGUGAUAAAAUAGAAUGUUUAGUUGAAAACAAUAUGAAAAGUGAAAUAGUUGAUGGAGCUUCAAAGCAAGCUGACACAAAAAAACCAAAGGAAACACAAUCUAAAAGGAAGUCAAAGAAAACGUAGAGUUUGCUUUUGUAGUCUGUAGUAGUAAUUUAUUAACAUCAAUUUUUUAAACAUAAAUAAAUCUAUAUUCAAUGAUAUCAGGUUUUUAUUUUAUAAAUAUUGGUUUUAUUUUUACUUUCAUUAUAAGCAAUUAAUUAAAUGUUGAACUCUAUUAUUUCUAUUGUUAAUUAUAUAUUUUACUAUUAA